AUGUUCAAGAAAUCCAAGUUGUCAGACCCGACUGCCGCAGGGCAGGCAGGCAUCAGGAAGAGGUCGAAAGUGCCUGGGGUGAUGAUCACCCAGUUCAAGGAAGAGCUUCCUGAGGGAAUGACCACUCCUGAUUUCACUCGCAAACCCAUUGCUCUCACUAUUCAGGAAGGUAAAACGGCAGUCUUUAAAGCUAUUGUGGUUGGAAAUCCCAAACCCACAGUGACUUGGAGCCGAGCUAAUGGUGACAUAGUAUUCCACCCAGAUGUGUGCAUACAGAAAUAUGAUGAGAGCUCUCACGAACAUACUCUGGAGUUUCCCAAGGUUGCCCCCGAAGAUGCGGACACCUACAAAUGUUUUGCAAAUAAUGAUCACGGAAGAGCUGUUUGCACCGUUGUUUUGAAUGUCAUUGCAGUGACAGAUGGGUAGCCUACUCUAGUAAACAGGGCAGCUACAGCAGAAAAAGAAGGGUGAAUCAUUUCCAAGAAUAAUAGCCACACUGCUCAUUGUGAAGUGGAGUGUCUAAAGUGAAUAAGAGAAGAUGGAC